UUGGGCAUGACUGCAGCCUACAGGCAUUAGGCCUUUUCUACCCCAUGGCGCACCCCUUGGGGCAGAGCUGACUAGGGACGUUGGCACCAGGGGAUGGAGCAGAAGUGUUGCCUGCAGCACCUGGGUGACCUCUAAGGGGCAUGCAGAUACCCAGGCUUUGCACCCUCCUCACAUCCCCACCCUUGGCCUUACCAUGGGGCUCUGCAGACCUACUCACCUAAAGUGCCUUCCUGUGCCCUCUGUGAGGUCUGGCAGUGAAAUGUCAUCCCUUUCGCUAUAUGGGAAAGCUGAGUCCUGGUGAGAAGCUGGGACAGACCGUCUCUAGAACCAACCUUGGGUUAAUCUAGCUGUGCCUGCCUAGGUCCAGAGCCUUUCUUCGCCAAGCCAAGUUUGUUACCCCACCUCGAAUCCCCUUUUGAACAGCCUUUAAAUCAAAAUCUUGAUGUGUGUUAGGGUGCAGAGCGCUUACUUCACGUACACUAAACUGGCCUGAUUUCCUAAACUGCCCCAGCACACCCUUUCCUUGAGUGCCAGCUUUCCUACGCACUAGUGAGUUUUUCUGAAAUAAGAGGCAAAGGUUGAAGUUGUCGUCAACCAUAAGCUCAGAAAAAAGGAUUUCUUCUAGGCCCUUCAGAGCCUGGGGCAGAAGUAGUCUGAUGUCUCCCCGGGGAGUUUCCCCAUCACAGGACCCUGCUCCCCAAGUGUCUGAGCCCAAGGAGCUGUUGUUGGCUGGUUUCUUGGAGGCUGGCAGGGAUGGGGGAGGAGGGUCAGGCUCUGGGUGCCGCUCCUGGCAGCACAUCAUAAAAUGGGAGGCUGAAGGGAGCUUAGUGGUUAGCUAACUAGCCUCCCUUUAGAGCCCUGAAGCCAAGGCCUAGACCUCGGGAGGUUAUGUAACUUUUCCAAGGUAACUGUGCUCACCAGGGCGGGGAAAGUACAAUAAAGGAGUAGGUAGAGCUAAGUGGGGCAGUUAGGGAAGGCUUCCUGGAAGCAGAGGCCACAGGAGGUGAAAGGUAGUCAAUUACUGCCACGGCAGUCAGGGAUCCUGAUAGAGUGAGAUUGGAACGCUUGACUCAGAAAACCCUCCGUGGCUUCUCCCCCAGACUCAGAGCCAAAGUCCUUGCAGCAGCCCAAGUGAUUUGGACUCUGUUCCCUGUGUGGUCUUGCCUCUGUCUGGUGCCCUACCCUUGAUCCCAGCUACAGACAGGAGGCCAUGCCCUGAGGGUGGGGAGGCAUUCUGAAACCCUGCACACUCCCAGCACGUUUCAACUUUUACCAAGAACUCAGGUCUAUGUCCACUGAUAACAUAAGUCACCCUGCAGGUGGAGCGGAGGGAGGUGUUCCAGCAGUCAGACCACAGCAGUGACUGCAGCUGGCACCUGGUGAAGGAAAGGCAGGUGGGGGCCAUCCCACACCCUGGGGACUCCCAGCAGCGGGACCAUAGACAACGUGGAAACUCAUUUCGCAGAUAAGGCAACUGAGGCGAAUAAGUUAUUCAAGGUCACACAGCUAGUUAGUGGCCUGGACCCAGGCCUUCUGGGUCCAGAGCCAGAGCCCUGCCCCACUUAGACCCCGUGGUGUCCUAAAUCAGCUUUCCCCUGUGCUGGGCCACCAGCCCCUCCUAGAGACUGAGUUUUCUCCUUGGGCCCUGUUGGCUCCAGCUCCCCGGAAGCGGGCUGUGCAUGCUUACUGACCCCUCGCUGAGAACUGCUCUCUUCAGCCUUUGUGGGUUCUGACACUGGUCACUGUUCUGACCGCAUUGACCAUAUAUAGGUUUGUUUGCUCUUCUCAGUGUGAAAAGUUUUAAAGCGGGACAAACCUGCGUUAGCGAAGUAGGUGCCGCAGCUCAGGGCGGAGGCCAUCAGCUCCAUCCCUGCCCUCCAGCCUGUUCCCCUGGCAUCCUUACGGACCUGUCAGGCUCUGACCCUUCACUGCAAGGUUUGUGGGUCAGGGGACCCGGAGACCGAGCUCUCGAGAAAGAAUCAAAGACCUGGAGUCGUGAGGUGCGGUUUAGUCUGCCUCUCGGCUAUAGGGUUCCUGUCUGAGUCCACACAUUACCUGCUACCGCCCCAGCAGCUAAACCCACACUUGCGACACGUCCCUGACUUGGCUUCCCCAGGGCUAAGCCCUAGCAGCGCUGCGGUCUGCACCUUGGGAGGAAACAGCUUUCGUCUUGCCUUUCUCCUGGGGUGUAAGCGCUGCUCAGAUCUGCCUGCGUGACUGGGGACAGACUGGCCAUUUUGCAGCCUGCUGAGGACCCCGGGGCAGGCCCUUCACGGACUUGAAUGUUGAUUUUUGGCUUGGGUGCUCCUCGAGUCUGAUGCAAGGUUCUUGCUCCUCCCAUGCCCCCGGGUACAGGAUGGUACCUGUUCAGACCCACUGGAGGAGAAAGAGCGGCAGCCCCAUCCCCUCCCCAUAGCUCCUGUUCAAAUAAAACUCUUGCCUCCCGGGUCGAGGAAUGCAUCCUGACAGUGUUGGCUUUGGAAGGGUGCCCUCCCCUCCUCAGCAUCCCGCCCCCUUUGGAGCAGCGGGUGGAAGGGCUGCCUCUGGCUGAGGGAUAGUGCUGAGUGGGCUGAGCAGAGCGUGCUGAUGCGGUAAUGUCUUGUCAGCACCCCCCGGGGAGCAGGAAAAGGGAGGGUGUCCUGACUAUCAGCUUUUCAACACCCCAUCCCCCAGACUCCAGCCGCAGCCCUGAGAUCUACUGAUGAGUGGCCCAGGGACUGGGGAUUGCAAGACAGAGCCAGGUCCUGGGCCUGGCUCAGCUGACUUGCUGUGUGACUGGGCCAGGUCACUGCCCCUCUCUGCGCCAGGGACUUGUUCACUAAGGCCAAUUAGACUCUUAGCGCCAGCUGUAUGCCCAGUGCUGGUUCAAGGUUGUGGGAAUUAUGAGACAUUAUCCCUAUCUUUGAGGUUGGGGCCGGGCCCUGCGGUGUAUAUGAAGGAUUAUUAAAUAGGGGUGCAGCAUGUUGUAGGGGACUCGUGUGCUCCAAGGUAGAAACGUUGCCACAGGCUGGGGCCGCCAGGGAAGGCUCCCCUGACCCUGGAGUUGGCCUUCUUUUGAGCCCCAUCAUUCUCUGGGCACCUCCUUCUCCCCCACGUCAGAGCACAUUGCACUGGGGGUUGUGCCUUGUCUGCACUCCUUCCCCCUCCCAUGAGGCCCUCGACUGCCCCAUUGGAUCCCAAACCUCACACUGUGUACGAGGGUAAUGAUUAAUGAACAUCCCAACCGUGAAGCUGUGUCUCUCUCUCCUUUGGCCUCUGUCCCACCAGCCCCCAAAACCCAAAGGCAGGACUACCAGCGCCCACCUCCAAUCUGGAAAACUCCUGCCCCGGGCCCUUCCCAUGGGGACCAUGCCUGGCCAGAUUCUACCCCAACCCAGCAAGCACUCUGGGACGGCCCCCCACCCUGCUGCCCGUCACGUGCACAGGGCACAUGAGUGGGGACGCUCUGCCCUCUGUUGGGACAGGUCGAUAGGUUGCCUGGGGAGGUGCGUCAGCAUCCCCCCUACCCUCCCACACCCCUGCCCCGGGCGUGCACCUGUCUGGACCCAGGACUGGCUCCCCAGGGCUGGGGCAAGGCAACUUCUGAGUCAUGAGGGGACACUUUUGAGUCCUGCUCUAGGAAGUUUCUGUCUCCACGAUGCCAGGGCUUCAGAGUUCGUAGGUCUCAGUCUUGGCACGCCCUCUCUCUUUGGAAUGCCCCAGGGCUGAGGGCUGCCUGUGGCCAGACCCCCCGUCUCUUCCACCAGCUCUGUGUUGGGGUCACUGUGUACGUGUCUUAAAAUUUUCGCUUGCCAAAGCCGGUUUCCAUCUGUGUACACACUCCACUCCCAGCCACCACUGCACUGCACACAGGUUGAUCCCUGCUUAUUGAGUGACCUGGUAGGCUCUGGCCUGUGGAAUAGGAGACCCUCAGACAGACCAGCAGGGGCACCUGCUGGGGCCCUGGGGCAGGGGUGGGUUCCCAGGGCUUCGAUUUGGUGUUCUCAGGGGGGGCUGAGCUAUGAGCCAGACUUCAAGUGAGACAAAAAGAAGACGGGGGUGAGGGCAGCGGGGGACUCUAGUUUCAUGCAUGGCGCUGCGUUAGCGUUGAAUAAUUGAAACUCGACGUGAAAACAGAAGGCGGGAAGCAGGGUUAUCUAUGCCUUUUCUUUCUCUGCUUCCCUAGUUUUCCGAAAUGCUGUUGUAUUGCUUUUAGAGCAAAGAAAUCGAAUUUUCUGAAAGGGUAAGAUGCAUGCAUAUAGCGUCAGCCACUUCUACACUGGCUAUUUUUUUUUCUUUUUUUUUUUACACUGGCUAUUUUUAAUGUGCGAGUACACAAAGCACAAAUAAACAUGGUUCUAACGGCGCAUACUCCGAAAACUAGUGUCGCUUCUGAAACUGCUAAACAACAUGUUAUUUUUCAGUUUAGCUGCCAGAGGGGUGGCUUCCUGGGCAGCAGUGCUGUUGAACACUUUUGAGGGGAAGGGUCUCAAAGACUGGGGAAACCAGGUGGGCUUUCGGUCUGCAGACCAAGAAGUUUGAGAUUGGACAUGAUCUGAUGGUCACCAAGGAGAGAGUGUGGUUCCCCAGGAGAGGCCUGGCAGAGCUGGGGGAGUCCCAGGGGCUGUCCCCAGUGUUGGGCUCAGGGUCCCCUACAAGGGAGGGGAUCCUCCAGAGACCCACGGACAAGUAUUGUCUUAGCCUCUGUGUCUAUCCAGCUCUUCCGACUCCUGUGGGGGCCCAAGAAGACUUUGCCCUCCUUGCCUUUUAGACUGACAAAAGACACAAGCACAGGAAAGAUUUGGGACAGCCCAGGACCGUGCGUGUAAUUCAGAGCCCAGAGCAUGUUGCAGACCACGGCCAAGGCUUGGGUGAAUCCAGGGGUCCAGGGUAAGGCAGACCCUGCCUAGGUAGGAUGUGUUGUGUUUGACUGCAUCAGUAUGGUAAUUACCACCCACAGGUCCCUAAUUAAUUUAAUUUUAACAUGAUAUUACUAACUAUUGUGGCUGUUUAAUUUUUAAUUAAAAUUCAUAAAGUUUGAAUUUAGUUCCUCCAUCACACUGGCCACAGUCCAGGGGCUCAGUAGCCACAUGGGACUGCUCAGAUAGUGUCCCAGCAGCACAGAGAGUUCUCUUGGGCAGUGCUAGAGUGCUGAUGGAACCUGUUGAGGUUCCUGAGGGCACAUGGCUUCUCUUGGUACCUAGUUAAAUUCCAUCCUGCUCUGGGGCGGAUGAGGUCAGAGCUGGCCGGCAGCCUUGGAGUGGGGAGGGUGAUGUGCCGAGAACCUGAAGGGGGGGUUGCCCCGUCCCACCCCCCGGGAAACUUGCAGGCUCCUCUGAGGUGAGCAUCCCCACCGGUCUGGUUCACAGAAAGCGCGGGUUGGCCAGGGUCUGCUGACUGCGCUGCCCGCUGUGUCCCGUCAGGCUCAGAUGAGUGUGUAUUGAGCAAGGACAGUCCUGGCCUUCCUUGCCUUGUCUGCUGUUUCUUGUGCUGUCUUCCUCUGUCGUUGUAACUCCUCCCAUCUGCCUGUCUGUCUCUUGUUAGACCCAGGGCCCUCCUGGGCAGGGCCUGUGUCUUGCUCUUCCCUUAUUUUGCCCACAUCGGGGCACAGGGCCGGUGCUCGGCAAAUUCUUAAGGAAGCACUCGACCUGACUUCGAGCUGCGUAACGUGAGAAAAGCUUGCCCAGGACCCUGGUCGCAUCUUUCCUUGGGUUAACUUAGGUUGGUAGAUCUGUACAGGGGUGUUGGGGGCUGGUAUCUGGCCUGAUGUGGCAUGUGUAUCAGGCAGGAAUGGCUCCAAAGAGGGGAAUGCCCAGAGCCUCGACGUGGGAGGGAAGGUGAAGGGAACCCUGUUCCCAUCUUGUCCUCUUGUCCCCCUGCUCUUCCUGGGAGGUAACCCAUGGGGCAGAGGGCAGGCCAUAUCCUGGAAGCCCACUGCUCGAUCUUUGGUUUAGCCCACAGUAGCCCAGGCCAGGUGGCCAUCUUCAGCAGACGCGAGGGCAAAUGGACCUCCCUAGACAAGCCUGAGAAGUGGCCACUCCAGCUGCCGCUCAAAGUGUUUCGUGGGAAUCUGGGUUCUGCAGGGGGGCAGGAUGCAGCCACUUGAGGAGCGGGUCUCGCUCCCCUGCUGACCCUUGCGUGACUUAGAAAUCUGGUGGCAUUUGCUUUCCUGUCUCUGAGCCUCCGCCGUCCAUGCACAAUGCACCGGGAGGCUGGGGGAAAGCCUACCCCCAACGGCAGUGGGUGUUUAGAAACUAGAAGUUCAAAGUCAGGGGCAUCUCUAGCUCUGCUGGUGCACCUACUUCACGCUCUUCACGUUCACAUCUGCUGAGCCUUCGGACCCAUGGCCCUGUGAAUUGGUGGGGAGACAGCAUUACUCCCGUUUGAUCAGUAAUGAAACUGAGGUCAUGACUUGCAGGGCUGAGGAAUAGCUAACGCUGUGCAGGCGUGGGUGUCAAAUGUUGCUGCGCGCUCCUAGGAAGGUUGAGGGCUGCCAGAGCCUGGGUGGGUGUUAGGGGACUAAGCAGCUUUAGAAAAUGCUCUUGUGUAAAGUUGCAGCCCGGCUGAAGGGGAGCGAGAGAAUGUGUGUGUUGAAGGCCUGGUCCCGGUCCUUUCUGCCUCCCGUGUUUCACAACGGGGCUGCCUCAGAGUUAGGACUUUCCUGACGCGCCAUCGGGAGAGUUUCCAUUUCCUGUGGCCCAGCCUGUCCCUGGUCCUGGGCCCCAGGUGGGAGGAUGGGAGGUUUUCCUAACCACCCCCCACCCCAGCUCCCCUCACCUCAGCCCAGCCUCUCUGUGCGAGGAGGGCUCGCUGUACUUUUCCAUACCUUCAGCACAAAACAGCUCUCUGUUGCUUCACCCUGGUUAUGCCCCAGUCAGCCGGGGAUGGGAGGCGGGUGGGGGACUGUCCCCGCAGGGUGGAAAAGCUGAGGCGGCUGUGCCUUUGUGCUUUUGUGGCAGCGAAGGCAGGGGAGGCGGGUGGGGGGCACCGGUUGCAUGGAUCAGGCUCUGUUCCUUUCCCACUGUAUUUGGGGAUCCCCUUUGUAUCUCAUCCCUGUGAUCUCCAGGUGGGGGCCUUGGUGGCCGGAGCCCCUGGUGCAGCUGGUGUGGUGAGAGAUCUGUGUCCGGCUGUCUGGGGCUUGGGGAGUCUGCACUUUAGGGCACAACCCCCCUUGCCUCCGGCCUCGCGAUGUUCAAAGUUGUCAGCAUCGUGGUCUGUCUUUGCUCUUGUCUCUAGUUGUGACUCAGUCUUCCAGCGGUGAGAUUUGAUCUGGGAUUUGAUCUGCCAUUGAGGCAGAAGGCUCCCCACCCUGCAAAGAGUACCAUCCACCCCAAAAUGCCUGUGCCGUUUCGCUGGUCGUUUCUUGUACAAUUUAUUCCAGAGACGACGGAGACCAGCUGUUGUCCGUCUCCAGCUGGAGACUGAACCAAAGGAAAUGGGCUUGGACUGCAGCCGGGGGGAUUUAGGUUAGAGGCAGACAAUAAGGAAGGGUUUUGUGACAGGUGGUUGGCCCUCAGGAGGGUCUGCAGGGGGCUUCGUGGAGAGGCAUGGGGGUUGGGUCAUGCUUGGAGGCAGCAGGGCCAGGUUUGGGGGGGAAGCGGUGGUUUGUAAUAAACAGGCCUGGAGGGUUACUUCAUAGGCAUGACGAGACUCCGCUGCCACCUCUCAUGCGGGAUUAACGCCAGCGCCUAGUAUCCCCCGGCCUGUUUUCUUUUCUUUUUUUUCUUUCUUUCUUUUUUUUUUUCCCCCAUUAGUGAAGAGAUUUACAGUUUAACCAUCUGGUCGUCUUAAACAAAUUAUAAUAAAUGGGUAGACUUAAUAAUCCCUUAUCAUCAGAACCCUAGCCUUCAAGGAUGGGCAGUUACUUAUUACCCGGAGCUGCCAGCCGCAGGUGAAGGGAGAGGGGAAGGAGCAGAUGGAGGGGUCCCUCUUUUGGGCCCCUGGGUGGAGACAGUUUGACGGUGGUCUGGGGUGCUGUCCUCUGCUGGGUAAGAGGUGAGGGUGUUGGCCACAUCCUUCUCCCAAGGGCGUGGGUGUACCCGGAUGGGAUGAAUGUGGUGAGGCUGCGGGCAGCUUUCAUCCCGUGGAGGGGGAAUCUGGGGGUGUCAGUUGCUGGAGAGCCUUGUCCUCAGGAACCCAGCAAGAGGGCCCAGGGGAGGCGUCUGUGUCCAGAGGAACAGGGCUGGCAGCUCCCAGGGCUCAGGAGAGCUUUAUGGAACAGAGCAUCAUUUUCCCCCUCUGCUGGAGAAGCCACGAAGCAGCGGCAUGCAUGGGGCCCGGGGUGUGGCCCUCAACCCUGACACCCAUCCUGGGCACCCCCUCUCACCGCCUGCCGGCCUCCUUCCUCAGGAAUCCUGAUGGUUCCAAAGUCUGCCGUGCAGCUGACUCACCAGGGCUAGGACCUCUGGGGGCUCUGGCCUGGCAGACAGGUAGGGUGGGGUGAGGUGAGGAAAAGGCACUGGGCAGAGAAACACAAAGCCAUCACCCCGGGUGGCCACACCUGCCAGGACUGCCCACCUCAUCCAGCCAGAACCCAUGUUAAAUACAGCACCAGCACCCAUCUCCGCCCAUCUUCAUGCCCUGGAAGUGUGGUUGUGGAAGGCGUACAUCUCGGAGACUGAGUCGUCAUUUGGCAAAUAUCGAGUACCUACUGGUGCCAGGUUCUGUUCUGGGAAUGAGGGAUGAGUGAAAUCUCUGUCUUCAGAGCCCGUAGUCUCUAGGCCAGAUAGCAGAUACCUGAUAGAAUGUCAUGGGGCGAUAAGUACCGUCCCAAGCCCUGAUCUUCCAGGUGGUGGUCGCCAGGACCACCAUUGCAGGUGACAACUGGCCAGCUCUGUGUUCACAGCUCUGGAGGUGUGUGCCCGGGCACAAACCCUCGGAAUGGAGGUGGCCUCCCCACCGCCCUGUUCUUCCCAGUUUACUUUUCCACCCAUCCUGUAUGCCCAGCCCCAAGCUGUGCAUUUUCACAUAAUCUGCACCCCAACCCAAGGAAGUCUCGGUCCCCCCGCUUUCCCGAGACGGAAGGAGAAGCUCAGAUGGUGAGAGGACGUGCCCCAGGGGACCUGCUGGUGGGCGAUGGAGCCAGGAGUUGAACCCACGUGUGUCUGCUCCAAAGGCCAGGCCUUUCCCCGCUCUGCCCCCGUGCUGCCUGCAGAGGGUCCCCAACUUGACGUGUGUGAUUUUGCAGCGGAUCAGCAGCUUGUGUCAUCCAGGCUACUGUGUGGGCGGGGGCUCUGGAGAACGGGAAGCAUAAGGUGGCACAGACGGGGUGGGGCUGCUGAGCUGUUGAUGAAUCUCCUUCGGGUCAUCAGCCCAGGACGGGGAGACGGCAGGUCAGCAGUUCCUGCGACCUCUUUUGUGGCCUGCUUGAGGGCUGUUUUUGGAAACCUUGAGGGGCUGGUGCCUUCCUGUGUUUGCUCCUUCCACCCUACUGUCAGGUUGGGGUGAACCUAAGGCAUCUCUGGGUGAGGGGGGAGCAAAGCAUACACUCAUCCCAAAUCAUCUCAGGAUUAGGUCCACGGGUGUGACUGCACACCCUUUUAUAACUCUCCAUCACCUGUCGCCCGUGUCUGCCUGUCUCCCGUCACUCACCUUCCCUGAUCCACUUUGGUUGUCAUUUCUGAGCCCCCCCCCAGGAAGGGGGAUGGGUGGCUUGCUUGUUUGGUGCAAAGGGCCCUCAACUGAGAGUCAGAGGGCUUCUGGCUGGUUCUUCUCUGUGCUUUGUCAUCAGCUUGCUGUGUGAGCUCUUCUGUGUCACUAGCCCUCUCUGAUCAGUUUCCUCAGUUACAAAAUGGGAAUAACAAUAUCCAUUUUGCUUGCCUUGCCUACAGGGUCUUGAGUCUCAGAUGAAAUUAGGGCCAGAGGAGUGGUAGGUAUGAAAGGUGCCUGAUGAAUGGGGUUUUGGCCAGGAGGAGGGAGAUGCUGGCUUCGCCCUCCUCAGCCUUGUUACAGAGGAGUUGAACAGGACCCAGAGAGGUUUGCCGGCUUGCCUGGAAAGGGCAAGCCAGGAGCCGAAUCCUCUGCAUGGAUCUCUCACUCCCUAGUGACCCAUACCCCUAUGGGGAAGGACGGGGGUAAUCUGCACACCUGGCAUGUUUGAGGUGUCCUGGCUGAGUAAUUUCCUGCCCUCGAGUUGUUGACCCACUCGUAGGAAGAUGUCUGUUGUCAUCAGUCAAAGUAGAAAGAUGUCAGAUACUCCCAGGAUCUGGAUUCUGGGGGCGGAGGUGGGGCCAGGUCAUGAAUCCAGGCCCAGCAUCCCAGAGAGGGAAGAGAUACUAGCACAAGGCCAUGGGCCGGGCCACAACCACCCAGAGCAGGGCAGCGGUUGUGAAUUGGGGGUAGGGAAGCUGCAGGUGGAUGAAAGGUGCCCCUCUUGUCAUUUAAGCCUCACUGCACGUUCCCCCUGCCCCAAGUGCUUCAGAAGAUGAGGCAGGGGGUGGAGUUUCAGAACCUGGCUCCAGGGGGUUAUCUGGUGUGUGUGUUUGGGUGGGAGGGGGCUCUUUCCUAUUCCCCAGGGCCAGCUCUCAGGCAGGACUGUGGAACCGGGACUGGGUCCUUGAGGUCCCCUGGGUCUGCACACACAGGGAUUUCCAGUCUCACUCAUCAGCUUAGCCCUCCAGGUGCCUGAGAACGCUUGCUGGCGUCCCAUCCUGAGCUCAGGCCCCACCAGCCCUUGUCUGUUUGUUUUAGCCAAACCCCCGCAGCCCACCCGCGGGGGCAGCCAGUCCCUGCACUGCUCUGCGCUGGCCUCAGCUCUCAUGGGAGGGGCGCCCAGCUGCCCCGGGGGAGGGGGGGGUGUUACCGUCCCAGCCUGAGAACAAUGGGGGCAGGGUCACCUGCCUUGUUUUCAUUGUCCCUCCUGAGUGCAAGCAGGGCUCCCGGGCCUGAGAAAGUCGGAAACCCAGAGGUUUCUGCUGAAAACGCGCUCACCUCUGGCACGGGCUUUCCCCGUGAGCGUGAGAGCUUGCAGCACCUCUGAGCUCUGCAAAGGCUGCUGAGAGAUGGCCCAGGAGGGGAAGCCCAAGGGUGGAUGGGAGGACAGUCAUCCAUCCAUGGCUGCUGUGCUGACCCCUGGGGCGGGGCUGGACUAGGCCUUCCCCCUAACAAGGAGUGAAGGUAGUUUGGGUCUGGGGCAGUGGUUUUGAAAUCGGCUGUACAUAAUAUUAGAGUCACCUGGGGCAGCUUUUAAGCAUCCUAGUUCCCAGUCCACACCCCAGGCCAUUUCUGUCUGAAUCGCUGCGGGUAGGACCCAGGCAUGAGUAUUUCCCCAGGCUCCCCCUGGGUGAUCUCCACGUGCAACCAAGUUAAGAAGCAGUACUGUAGGGACCCCUCGAGCGUGCGUUGAGGGGGAGGGUGGGAUACCACUUUCCACCUUGCCUGAUGAGGGUGUGUGGGUUUCUGGGGUUGGGGGGAUUGUAUUUUGUACACCAGGCACGUCCUCCGGCUGGCUGCUUCCUCCCUGGGCUGAGGGAGGGCAGCCUGGCCAGCACCAGGCAGGUUACUUUAGGGACCAAGGCGAAGUGAGGCGCCUUCCUCAUCCUGCAGUGGGAUCUGGGAGGGAAUGAGGAAUAGGGCUCGCUUCCGACUCAGGCAGCCCGGCUUGCCGGGGGCUCAGGAAGAGCUGGAGCUGGUGGCCAGUGAGCUGAGUCCUGAGAAUGAAAAUGUAUUUUCUCGAAUGUGCUGUGGAUUUUCCUGGAGCUUGGGAGGUGCUGAACUGGGCCCUGAAGUCGUGGUUCUAGGCAGAGGAAAAUGUGAAUUGUCCCCAGACAGGGGGACCCCUGUAGUCAUAGGCCAACCUCCUCAUUUUACAGAGAAGUCACGUUGGCGGAAGUCAAGGGUUCCUGGAGGGUCUCGGUAAGCAACGUGAGCCGCACCGGGGGUCUUCCUGGCUGUACAUUGACUUCCUAGUGUACCAGCCGGGGCUCCAACAAGUUGUCUUUCCUUCAUUCAGCUAAAAACAUUAUAAAUAUCCGGGUAGGCAUUGGAGCAAAACUGAAAAUGCAGAUAAGGAAAUCAGAAGUCUACCAAGUCCACAUUACAAGAGCCCAGGUCUGGUCGUAACUGCGGUGAGGUGCGGCCCUGCCCCCAGGUCCCUGCACCUGACCCGCAGACACCUGCUCCCCUCCUGGGAGAGACAGGGCCCGGGUGAGCCAGGCCUGCAGCUGGUGUAGGUGUCAGGGUGGCACCACUGGGCCCUCGCCAGUGCCCCGCUCAUAAACUGGGCCCGCCCUCCGAGCCACACCUGGGCUGCAGGGAGAGGGCGGGAGGAAUACCGAGGAUGCCUUCUCCCUGCCCGCGCAUCCUCCCUCCUGGAUGGGGAGCUGGAAGGCUGAGCCCGGCACCCACACCCAUCACCCCCACUUAGGCAGCGGUGAGGGGAUGAAUCACCUGUGGAGCUUGUUAGCCACUCGGCGCCCAGGUCCACUGCACAGAGUAGCUGCGAGCGAGGCCCAGGCAUGGUAUUUAUUUAAACUCCCAGGUGGUUCCAUUGGGCAGCUGGGAAUGAGAGCGGCUGCCUCAGGGACCCGGUGGUAUCCGAGGUCUCUGAGCCUCAGUUUAGCAUCUGGAAACGAUUCCGAUGCCCCUCCCCCGCCCCCACUUUAGGAAGGUUUGAGAAGCUGAGUCAGCGCGAGAGAGGGAGAGUGAGAGGAGUGAAGGUAAUUGAGGGCUCUGAUAAUAGUCUUCAGUCCUCUAAUUCGUCUUGGGGAUAAGAGAGGUAACAGGUGCUCCCCUUCUUGCCAAGGUACUUUGGGUCUGCCAACAGUCCCCGAAAGACGGUCAGAGGGAGGGCUGGCCAAAUAGCUGGACGAGUGAGCUCUACCCCCAGCCCCCUGCCUGCCCAUUCCCCCUCCUUACACUGCGGCAGGGAGCCCCAGUACAUGGGAUCUGGGGCCCUCCCCUGCCCCCUUUAUCUGUUCAUCAGUUCGUGGUGUUAAAGGUCAAAAACAUUGUUCUGAACGAGCCCAAACUCUAAAUAUAUUUGCUGAAAAGUGCCUGCAUUAGGUCUACUAAUCUCCACUUCGGUCUGUUCUGUUCAGAAGCGCCCCCAGCUCCCUUGGCCCCCUACCCUGAGGAGGUUCUUUGUUAGAUAACAGAUGGACGUGCAGACAGAUGUGGACACACAGGAAGGAAGAGCCCAGCCCAGAGCAGGGGGCGGAUGGGCAUUCGGCUGCCUUGUGAAGCUGGGGGCAGCUUGGCGGGGGCUUCAGGACUGGGGUUCAGAGAAGCCACCACGCCUGGCCUCGGCCUCACCUGGGGAACGCAGCGUGAGGACCAGCGUGUGGCCUUGCUCCCUCCGCAGCCGGCCUGCCUUGCUUGGCUGUGCGGGAAACCGGCCAGGGUGGCGGGGAGCCUCUGGCGGGCAGAGGUCCGGAGAGAUGGGCCUUCUGACGGAUGGGGUGGCACAUCCUGGGUGUGCCUCUGCCAACUCAGGGGGAGCCUUAACACACACACCCCACCCCCCAGGUCCCCGACUCGCUGUCCGGGGGCCCAGGGCACCUACCUGCUAGCCUCGGUGUCCCUGUUCUCACCCAGGCUUGUCCUGCAGGUGCAGAGAAGUAAACCCCUCGACCUUUGAUUUACCUUUGGGGACAAGCGGUCUUCCCCCCGGGGUGUCGGGUCACCACUGGGUCUGGUUUCGUCAUGACACUGACUGCAGGUGCGUUCAUUCAGCGCUUCCAGUGUCCUAGGUGCUUUUCGUGUUUGGGGAAGGUGCUCUUUUUGGCAGAUGGAGGAACUAAGGCUGAUAGGCCGUCAUUUACCCAGAGGCUCGGUGCCAGCAUUUGAGAGAGGACUGCCGCCCGCCCAGGUCACGCCCAGGGCAGCCCCACGUUUCCAUUAUCUUCUCCCAGGACAGGGCCAGGUCUGGUUCGAGAGAGAGGCCUGUCGCCCCCCUUUUGUUCCUUUCCCUGUUCUCCACACGUCCACAGCCCCCUAGGAGAGUUUCCGGAGGGGGCAGGCCUCCCCUUCCUGCAGGAAGGACAGUCCCUCCAGUCACCCCAGGGACUCUCCCAGCCCCACUGCCAGCCGCUCUGCCCUCUUGGAUGGGGGGCUUUUGUUUGCCUCCCUCACCUCACCCCUUCCCAGCCCCCGACCCCCAGGACCUUCAGCCCCCCUGCCCUCUGUUCUUGCAGCCUGCUGACCCCACCCUUCCCUCCCCCCCCCGACACGUUGGAUGCCCUGCAUUCACCCCCUGACCCCGCCAGCCACACUCUUACAGGGGUCUGACUGUGCUUCCCGCCCUCUUGCUGGAUAAAGCCCUGCCCCUUGUUGCUGAUUAAUUUAUUAAAUCCACCUGCAGAAUAAUGCUAGGAAGGUGUUGAAGGAAGGACGUGAGAGGGUGAGUCAGUCGAGGUCAGAGAAGGUAUCCUCAUUCAUUCAAGUUUGUUUACUCCUUUAACAAAUGUUUGUUGAGCACCUACUAUGUGCCAGGCAGUGUCCUCGGCUCUGGGGAUACCGCAGAUAAAAGUCCUGCCCUCAUGGAGCUUACCUUCUGGGGGGUGGUCUCUGCAUUCCCAUGGAUGUUUCCCUUGCGUUUGCCUGGUUGUGUUCUAGAGACCCGGCUUCACUUCUGUAGCUGAGAAACCCACCCUGCACCCCCUGUCCCCUCUCCCCAGCUGUGGACAGCACAGGGGUUACGAGCCAGACUGCCUGGGUUCACGCUCCGGCUCCACCACUGCCUAGCAAGUUACUUAGUUAGCCUCUGUGCCUCAUUUUCCUCAGCUGUAAAUGGAGGUGAGAGUACCUACAUUACAAGAUUAUAAAGACUCAACAAGCCGAGUGAUUUAAAGUGCUGUGAUUGUGCCUGUCAUAAAAUAGUGCUCAGAUAUCAGCUGCUAUUCAAAUAGGAGCUCUCAUCUAUGAAAGGAGGAGGAAUCCACCAUGCCCUGCCCACCUCCCAAGGUGGCUGGGAGGGCCAGGUGAGAGGGACAUUAAAGGUUCUUCCUACUCCGCCAGGCACCGUGCACACAUGACAUUAGUCUCAUUCCCCUUCCAGGCCGGAGGGACCAAGUGAGCGGAGGCGGAAUGGAUUAGGGAUGGAUGCAGCCCAGGAUGGUGAGGGGCGUCCGCUUGUACCUUGACGCAGCGCAGAUCCAGUGCAGGCUGGCAUCCAGGGCAUCCUGGAGGCCGAUCCCACAGGGCAGGAAGGGGCCCCUGCGACCUGAGCGUGAGGUCUGCCGCGGGAGCUGGAGGCAGGCAGGGCGGCGGCCCUGUGGGUGCCCCUAGCUGCUGUCCGCAGGCAGGCUACCACCUGGACUUGUUUUCCCCACUGGCCUGAUGAAGGCAAAGGCCCGACCUCAGCCCCGCUGCCCGUGUCUGCAGGUGGGCACCAGGUACGGGAUGUGCCCUCCCUGCAACUCUGCAGAAUGAAUCUCCAGGAUGGGGAGGCCUGGCACUGCCUCUGCACAGGAAACCCCGGACCCCUGGGGGAUGAGGCGCCGUGGGGAACCCAGAUUGCAUGGACAGCGAGAUUCUGGGAGGGUGGCGUCUGGGGCAGCACGUUGCCUGAGCCACAGGCAGGGGCGGGAAUGUCUCCUCCCGGAGGGCUCAGGUCUGAGUGGAUGGGCUGGUUUUAGGGCACUGUUCUUCCAGGUGGUGCGAAGGGGUGGAGGUAUGCACUGGCCUCCUUCCUGUGGCCUGUGUGGGACAAGGGUCGGGUACCAGCGGCCAGGGCCCAGAUGAGGCAGGCUCUACUCCUGGCUUCCUUGCUUCUAGCAUCCCGACCUUAGGCUACUUUCUUAACUUCUCAGCCUUAAGUCCUCGUUUGCAAAAUGGAGAAGAUGAUGGUGUCUUCCCAGCAGGAUUCUUUCCUCCUUAAAGAUGAGCUGAAGGCACCUAAAGUGCUUCACCUCUCAGUAAAUCACAGCCGCUUUAUUACGAGGGUGACGGGCGGGGAGGAGAGCUCUAUUCCAUCCUCAAACCAGAGCCGGGCCUGGGCUGUGUGCGGCAUCCCCCUCUCCCAUCACUCUCUAGGGAUAUGUGGAAAAUGAAGAUAUUGUCUUGUGUGAAUUUGGAAGCCAAGUUAAAGAAUCCUGUGAGUGAACAGGGGCCGUCUCCUGAGAAAGCUGUUUCCCUAACCCCGGGGGACGGGAUGCUGUGUCCAGUGGCUCCCCCUCACCCAGGGAUGGCCUCAGUCCUGGGUCGAGCCCCUCUCUUCUGGGGGACCUCUCCACCGGCCAGUGGGACCCUGACCGUAACCAGUGAGCUGUUCCGACUGAAGCCACAGCAACACGCGGUGGGAGCAGGGAGCAGGCAGCCCAAGUUCACAUCCGGACCUCUGCUCCCCAAGCCUAGCUUUCCUCCUCUGUCAAGUGAUGCCUGGCAGAAUCGCAGGAAGAGCCCGUCAGGGAACAUAUAGAAAAGCCCCAACAAGAGGCGUCUGACGCACAGCGGCACUGAAAUCCUGCCUGUCUCCCCAGCAUUGGGAUGGAGCCAGGCUGAUUCCCAGGCCAGCUGCUUGGGACCCGUGGGCAGAGAGAAGGCAACAACGGGGGUGCUGGGGGCGUCCAGGGACAGGGAGAGCAGCGAAGGGAGAGAGGUGGGGAGCCGGGCUGACUUGCAAGAGACAGUCUAGAACCUGGCCCAGUUCUGCCAGUUAACCUCUCAGCCACAGUCGCCUGACCUGACCAGUGGACAUAACUUCCGCCACUGGCCUGUUGUCAGGGUGAGUGGUGCUUCUGGCCUUGGGGGGCUUAGGGCCCUUCAGAAUGUCCCCUUUGUCUGCCCCCCCCGGGUGACCAUGGAGAGAUAAUGGAGGUCAGGGGACAGCACAUGGGGCUGUGGCUCCCUGAUAACCCAGGGCAGAGGCUGGGUCUGAGGGCUGUGCCCCAAAGGACACACCACUGGUGGGGUGAAGAGCAGGAAGCCAGCUUUUCUACUGCAAAGCUCCCAGCCAUAAUGCCCUCUUCAGUUACCCUGUCUUGCCAGCUCUUACGUUUGUUGUCUCCUUCGCCCUUACUAAGCGACCCCCAAGUCGCAGAUCACCUUUGGCAAUCCAUCCAGUGUUAUCUCAGUGGGGGCAGCGUGGACGUGGCGUGUGGGGCUGUCCUGUGGGUGGCAGGGCAUCUCACCUCUCUGGUCCCUGCUCGCCUCAUGUCAGGAGCACCCCCAGCAUCCACUAGAGUAGAUGUGUGGGAGGACAGGGAUUUCGUCCCUUCACUGCUCUCCCCCUGGUGCCCGGACCAGUGCCCGGCACAUACAAGGCACAUACUCAGGCAGCAUUUCCAAAUACUUCCAGAGGGUGCUACCACCCCAGUUGAGAACCCCUGUUCCAGUCACACCUUCACCAUCGCUGAUGUGUGCUGGUCUCCCUGGGUCUAAACACUUUCCAUGAUCGGAAAUGGAUGACUGCCAAGGGCAAUCCGUUCUGAGGUAGCUCGUUAUCCAAAACAGCCACCCCCGUUCCCUCUGGCACCUUGGCCCACUGGUUAACAUAUCAUGAAGUCCGACACCCAAGAAUGGAACAGAGUGCCGCCCCAUGUGGCCUCACCUGCAGAGGACAAUGGGCUCGUUGCCUCCCAGCCCUGAAGAGAUAAGAUAGUAUCUGAUGCUGCAGGACAGGGUGUGGCCAUCACAGGGAACCAGACCUUCAACAACUGGAACUGGCCCAACGCAAUGAUUUUUGCAGCCACGGUCAUUACCACCAUCGGCUAUGGCAACGUGGCCCCCAAGACCCCCGCCGGGCGCCUCUUCUGUGUCUUCUAUGGUCUCUUUGGGGUGCCGCUCUGUCUGACAUGGAUCAGUGCCCUGGGCAAGUUCUUCGGGGGACGUGCCAAGAGGCUGGGCCAGUUCCUCACCAAGAGAGGCGUGAGCCUGCGCAAGGCGCAGAUCACGUGCACGGCCAUCUUCAUCCUGUGGGGCGUGCUGGUCCACCUGGUGAUCCCACCCUUCGUGUUCAUGGUGACAGAGGAGUGGGACUACAUCGAGGGCCUCUACUACUCCUUCAUCACCAUCUCCACCAUCGGUUUCGGCGACUUCGUGGCCGGUGUGAACCCCAGCGCCAACUACCACGCCCUGUACCGCUACUUCGUGGAGCUCUGGAUCUACCUGGGGCUGGCCUGGCUCUCCCUCUUUGUCAACUGGAAGGUGAGCAUGUUUGUGGAGGUGCACAAGGCCAUUAAGAAGCGGCGGCGGCGCCGGAAGGAGUCCUUCGAGAGCUCCCCACACUCCAAGAAGGCCCUGCAGGUGGCAGGGGGCGCGGCGUCCAAGGACAUCAACAUCUUCAGUUUUCUGUCGAAAAAGGAGGAGACUUACAAUGAUCUCAUCAAGCAGAUCGGGAAGAAGGCAAUGAAGACGGGCGGGGGUGGGGAGCGGGUCCCAGGGCCGGGCCUGGGGCCCCAGGGGGAUGGGCUGACAGCCCUGCCCACCUCCCUGGCCCCCUUGGUGGUCUACUCCAAGAACCGUGUGCCCAGCCUGGAAGAGGUGUCCCAGACGCUGAGGAGCAAAGGCCACGUGUCUCGGCCACCCGGCGAGGAGGCCGGGGCGGGGCCCCCCGAGGAGGGCUCCCCGACCUCUGAGGUGCUCAUUAACCAGCUGGACCGCAUUAGCGAGGAGGGCGAGCCGUGGGACGCCCAGGACUACCACCCGCUCAUCUUCCAGAACGUCAGCAUCACCUUUGUGAACGAGGAGGCCGGCCUCUCGGACGAGGACACCUCCAAGUCCUCACUGGAGGACAACCUGGUUGGGGAGGAGAGGCCCCAGGAGGGGGCCACGGCCGAGGUGCCCCUGAACCUGGGCGAGUUCCCCUCGUCGGAUGAGUCCACCUUCACCAGCACUGAGUCAGAGCUCUCCGUGCCUUACGAACAGCUUAUGAACGAGUACAACAAGGCAAACUGCCCCAAAGGCACGUGAGGUGGGGCCGGCUCCCCACCCCACCUUCCAUGGCUUCUCUUCUCCUCAACCUGGGGUGUCCUACUAUGGCUGGGACCCUGGCCCCUGGUGGGGUGUGGCCCUGGAACUGGGAGUAGGGGGCCAGGGGCCUUCCUCACCUUCAUCCCCUGCAGCUAGAUGCUACCGGUCAGACACGGUGCACCCAGGACAGGGCCUCUGUUCCUCAGCGGAACGGGCGCCCUGGCAGCGGGAGGCGUCUGUCCUGAGCACAGUUGGGGGAUCUGGGGGUUCACGGACACGUGGGCUGGCAGGACUGAUCCCAGGGAGGCCUGCACCUGCGUGGGUCGUUGCCCAGUCAUUCGGUUAAGACUGUCUCACGGUUCUCUUAGGUUGGGGGCCUUGGCCGUUUGAGUUCACCAGUAUUAACAGGUUCCUGUGCGCCCAGCACUGAGCCAGGCAUUUCAGAGAGAGGGUGAGGGUGGUGUUAAGACCCUGGUGGGGUUGGGGGCUGGGCACUUCAGCACCUCAGCAGUAGUGGGGCCCCGCCUGGGGCACGUGUUUAACCGUCCCCCAGUCCCACCUCAUCCGCCUGGCUGUCGCCCAUACUGCAGACCUCAGUAGGGAGGAGGCCAUCUGGGGAAGGGGAGCUAACAGGCAGGUGCUGAAACACUCCCGUUACGGGGGACUCAGAGUAAGUCCCAAGUGUGGCCCAGCAUCUCAGCCCUCGUGUGGACUUACUGGGAUGGAGCGCAGCCCAGAGUCCGGUUCCCCGUCCCAGACACCCUUUGGCCAAGCAAUGGCAGGCGUGGGCUUCUGCCUCCCAGGAAGUGGUGGCAGAAAGAGAGGCUGGGGCUCCUGGAGCUGGCAGCGGGGGAGCUGCAGGAGUGGGCUCAGCUCCGGCUGAACCUGCCUCCACCCUUCCGUCCCGUGACCUCACCGCUCCCCAGAUCACCCUUGGCUCACAAGUGGGGAAUGUCCAAAUAUGUGAAUCAGCCUCCUCCCUCCAGCUGCUGUUUGGUGUGUGUGUGUCUCUGUCCGUCUGUCUGUGUAAGAAAGAAAGGAUUUGCCAUGGGAGGAGCAAAAGAUAAUGUGAAACUGCAGACGGACUGUUUCUGGUGAGGGGCUGGCAGAGUUCUUGGGUUCUUCGUGAGGUGCACCCUCGGGCCAGCCCACUCUGCCCUGCAUGUUGUGUUUUGUUAGUUUUUAAAUGAAUUGCUGUUUUUUUUUUUUUAUCUCGUUGGCUUCAGAGCCAGAGGGGAGAAAAGGUGCAAGAGUGGGGUCCCAAGGAUCGGGAUGUCCAAUGUUCACCCUCCUAUCCCCCAACCCGGUUGGGCCUUUCUCGGUGACCUCAGCUAAGGUCAUGGUGUCAGAGUUGGGGAGGGGCAUUGGUCGCAGGCGACCGGAUGCUGGGCAGGAGGUGCCAUCCAGACACCCUCUCUGCCUCUCAACCCCCUCCCCAAUGCUGCAGGACCAAAGAGGGCCAGAACCCCACCCAUCCCCACUUAGCCUGUAACCCAGGGGUAUGAUGGCCCAGCAUCAGGGUGGGAAGGAGCAGCCUUCUGUUUUUCUGUGAAAUGUUUUAACGAGCUCGUCUUAGUUUUCCUGACCCCACUUGGCUGGGGUGUUGCUGGCUGUCCUGGAAUCACACACACUGUAUGUACAUACUGGCAAUGAUGUCAAAUGUAAUUUAUUUUAACAUUUUUACAAUAAAACAUGAGAUGGACAA